GUUUUACCCUCAUAACACUUCUGGUGCGACCAGCUGUUGUGUCAGGCGUUUCCGACGUAGCUCUCCUGAAACCAUUAUAAACCGUCUUAGUUUGACAACAUUACACACUGUCGUUGUCCUUCUUCUUGCUCUCAGUAAAAUGGACCGCCGAGAUCACAUGGAUACCGGAGGUUCACUACAAACAUGCCACCCAAACACAGGAAACCCCGGCUCGGACUAUGGUAGCAUGGCUAUGCGUUAUUUGUCACGGCCGUCACCUCGGACUUACGACUGUAUGCAAGUAGGGGGUAUGACUGCUGGGGCCUUAGGGUAUUCUUCUUACCCGACAGAUUUUGGGUUAGUGCAAUCAGCUGCAUAUUUAAGGAAUGUGUUCAAUGCAACAAACAAUUCGUUUCUAGCUCCACCGCCGCACACCAAUGCAGGUGGGGUUGGAUCACUAGUGGACAUACCCGACGGAUAUUGCGGGGUUAAUGUAGCGGCUAAAGAAAAUGCCACGAAUCAACACCUCCACCCGGCUUAUAUGGGAGGACACAACAGCACACACAGUUCAGGUCUACCUACAAUGGUGAAACAUGAUUACUAUUCUGCACUCCAAGAUGUAAAUACAUAUGGAGGACGCUUACCUGCUUCCCCCGGAUCUAACCAUUCUUCCAGAGAAGGUAGCCCCAACACAGACGGAUAUUGCAACACGGAUAACGAUAAAGACGAUGCAGCAUCAGAUUCAUUCAAAUUAAACUUCAAUGUGAAACCUAGAAAAGAGAGGACAGCUUUUACGAAAAAUCAAAUACGCGAAUUAGAAAAUGAAUUUUCACGACAAAAUUAUUUGACCAGAUUAAGACGUUAUGAAAUUGCUGUGUCUUUGAGUCUAACAGAAAGACAGGUCAAAGUGUGGUUUCAAAAUCGUCGAAUGAAAUGGAAAAGAGUGAAAGGAACAAAACUAGUAAAAGACAAAGUUGAUGGUCAAAUCAAACCAAUAAUGGCGCCUUCGAUCACAUCGACGAGUUAAUUUUAUUAAAAAAAAAAAGAUAAAUUCAAAGACUUACCGAGGUUUAAUCAAAGAGACAAAAAUUUAAAUGCAUAUUUCCGAGCAAAGAAAAAUGCAACAGAUUUCCCAAAUGAACAGAAUGUGCAUAUAUACAUCCUUGUAUGUAGAGAUUAUGUAUGACUAAAUGUGUAUGAGUGUGCGUAAGUUAAAGGCUGCAGUUACUUAAGCUUGGUAUAUGUGCCAAAGGAGUCACGGUAGGGAAAUACUUUGGCAAUUUUCAAGAGCCAUGGAUAUGAUUUUUUUUUUUACUUUUACUUUUUUACAAACAUUUUACCUAUUUUCUCAAUAUAAAAUAAAAGAUUAAAACAA